GGCCGUUGUUGGGAAAUUUAUUUGGAAGCGGGGUUGGUCCCAUUGCUGACGUGACGAGUACGAGUGACGAGGUGGUACCAGGUACCAACUGACUCGACUCAUUUAAUCACGGAUCAAAUGAGCGGCCAGAGUGACGUUCCGAAAACCACAAGUUCGCUCGUCACCAUGAGCUCACGGUCGGUGCACGUUUUUUGCGGCUUGAGCCACAAGAGAAAGUCUCCCUGGUGAUGUACACUGUACGUACCAACAGAUCCAACAACAACAACUCGUCAAUUCUUUCCCAUAACUUUCGGCUUUUGAGAAGACUUUGAAGACUUUGCAUCUCGCUUCAAAAAUUAAUAGCACUAGUAUACCCUGAUCAACCUUUUCCAACCAAGUUUUGUCGAUACUUCCGACAGAAUCAUAAAUUGAAGACUUUUUGCAUUUCCGCUGGAAACGUACACUACUUGUAUCUCAAGAAAUUUCAAGAAAAUAAUGGGGGCAUCUACGUCCAAGCCAGAGAUUCCCAAGGCUGCUGCUGCAGUUGAAGCAAAACCUGAAACAGAGCCUGUCAGUGAUGAUACCAACUCCAGUUCCAAAAGUGAAAAGUCGGAUGGCGGCGGGGGUUGCCCCAUGAAACGCAGUGAUGGUUCCUACAGCUAUGACUGGAGGGCCAUGUUCCAAAGACACCCCCAUGGCUCCAAGGGUAGCAAGCCCCUGUCGUCGGAAAAUAUCCAACAGAACCAAGAUGGUUCCCUGGCCGCCAAACAAGAAACAGCUGGACAAAGCAAGAGCGGACAGGGGGGUUGCCCAGUCAAGCAUCAGGAAUACAAUGUGUAUUCUCAACCCAUCGAUGCCACAAAUAACAUGCCCAAAGUUGCAAACCAACUUCCUGCCCCUGGACAAUCCGAAGAGUUAUCCACGAGUCGGGUCAAAAGCAGCAUUACAAAGGGAGGAACAGAACAAGGAACAACCUGGACUUAUCCUUCACCACAAAUGUUCUACAAUGCACUGGCCAGAAAAGGAAAACUUGGGGACACAAAAGAAGAAGAUAUGGAGUCGAUCGUCGCGAUACACAACAAUAUGAAUGAAAAAACAUGGGCGCGUGUAGUAGAAUGGGAGCGAGUCCUGGACCCUGAUUCGACUCCCAAACUACUCAAAUUCAUGGGAAGGCCCGCAGAUUUGAGCCCAAAAGCUACCAUCAAACACUACUUAUUCGGCCAUCCAUUGCCUUAUGAUCGUCACGACUGGACCAUUCUCAGAUCUGAUGGAACGACCGUGCGGUAUGUCAUUGAUUAUUACCAUGAUGAAACCAGAGCCAACGAAUCGCCCGAAUCGGCAUUGCCGUCUCUCAAAGACCACAAGGCAACCCCCAGCUUGUUGGUGGAUGUACGCCCAGCGGUCGAUUCCCCCAUUGUGGCUUGGAAUCGAGUUGUCACAAUGCCCUAUGCCCAAAACAUUGCCAAGACAACAGACCUCCAGGUCAUGCCGUUGUCUCCAUCCUCGGAAAUGAAAUCACAGGUAAACGAAUCACUCGACGUUUGGGCUCAAAUCAAAGCCAAUGCCAGUCAAAAGAAAGAAAUGGAAAACUUGAAACUGUCCAUUUCCAAAGAGGAUGCCACGGCACUGGCCAAGUCGUUUGCUCAGAUUCUCAAAGACUGCCAAGAGGCAAGCGCAAAACUACAAUCCAGUCAAUCGGAGGAAGAGCAUCAAAGGGCCAGCUUGGAUUUGACAAUUUGCAUGUCCAAGAUUGCUUGCCCACUGCAACACAAGACUUUGGUCAAGGCUUUGGGUGGUGACGACGAAAACACCAUAGAAGCAGCACUGGACCGUGUUUCGGCUUGUGUCGCAGCAAGCACCAGCAAAAGAUCAGCAGCAAAAGAGAAGUUUCCAGAGCUAUUCAGUUCCGAUAGUUAAAUCGUACGUGCCAGCCAG